AUGUCUGAUAAAGUGACAGGAAAUGGAACUCCGAAGUUAUCAGUAGAUGCUGAUUUUAAGGCUCAAUUGAGCCGAUCACCUCUACUCAUCAUUAGUCAAGCCUCUGAUGAUGCCAGCUCAUUAAAUGAUGAUUUGUCAAUAAUGUCUAGAAGCAGAGAUCACAUUAGGGAUAGUUUUUCACUCAGAAGAAGCAGCUUUGAAUCUGCAUUGAAUCCCCUUUCUCCACCAAUGCACACAGUCAAACAUGGAUUGGAUUAUUCUCCACUGGUAGACAAUUCUAUUUACGAAAUUGUUAUGAAUACACGGUUCAAAAGGUGGUUGAAACAUCCUACUACAGAAGAUAUCCCCCCAGUUAUACUCUGUAAGAAUGAUAUAAAGAAUGACUGGGAGAAAGAAAUUGAAGGUUAUAAGCAUGAAAUAGGUGAUGAAUACAAAGUGUAUCUUAGAACCAAUAACAUCUCCAGUCUUAAUAUGAUGGAGCAAAUAAGAUCUAUUGAUAAUUCCGAAAAAUCAGGGAAUCAUGAAGGUACAUUUGCAGCAGAAAAUUCUAGGGCCAAGGCUUUCGAAGAAAUACCAAGUUUCUAUUUUGACAAAGACUUCAAACUGGAUCACCCCAACUUUUUCCGAAUGCUACUUCAGGAUUUUGAAUUUGACACCAGCCAGCUUUUGCAUAAUGAUGAUAAAACACGAAAUGAAAGUUAUGAGGAGUUACAGGGAAGACUCAACUUUUAUCUAGAUACUGUUGAGAGUUUAUUGGUUUCCGACAUUUCAAAAUCUAUUCAGAAUUUCUUUGCAGCAUUAGAAGAUGUUGAUCAGAUCAAAGAUAAUGCAACUAAAACAAUUGAUCAGUUAGAUACAGUUAGUCAGAACUUGGAAGUGGUUUGCAAAGAAAAAGUGCUCAAGAGGAUUGAAACUAUUAAAGAUCUCAUAAGAAGGAAGAAUGUAGAAAAACUUCAACAAGGUAUUUUACAAGUUAAAUUAGCAAAUGAUAAAACAAUGGAAUGUAAAAAAAUCUAUGAUGAAGGGGAUCUACAGCGAUGUCUAAAAUUGAUAAAAAGCGUAGAAAGAUUACUGUACGGGGAUAAUAAUGACACUUUUGUGAACGAUUGGACCUCUAAAUGGCCAUAUAAACUCUCUAAUAUUUAUGCUCUUCCAGCUGUUAACAGCUUGAUAGAUCUUUUGAGUAACCUAAAAGUUGAUAUUGGCGGAUCUUAUUCUUUGAAUUUAGUGAAUGAGUUACUUAAUGACUUAAGAGCCUACGCUACAUCAUCAUGUACCAACGACAUCUUACUGAAACUUCAAUCACACAAGGACAACGACAAGCCCCAUCUUAUUGUAAAUGAGGAAUUUCGUGAGCAGAUAAAAAAUAAUUUGAUACAGUUGAUUGAAUGUGAUCAAUUGGUACCAGCAGUAAAACUCUAUGAAGAGAAAUUUAUUGCAGAGUUAAAAUCAGUAAUCAAGGUUAAUUUGCCCCAUGAAAAAGUUGCAUCUGAUAAUCCAGAUGGAAAACCGACUGCUGCAAAUGGAUCACGGCUAUCUAAACUGAUCCAAGAACAAUCUGUUUAUGAAUUCCAAACCAUGCUUGUUAAUGUUUUUACCACUGAAAUCGAAAUAUUGAAGAGAUUAACGCGGCAUCAAAAACUUCUACUCGACAUAUCACUAGGUGAACUUCCAACAACAGCUGAACAUUCAGACAGAAUGGUGAUUGAUCUAGAUAUAAGAAAAAAUAUCAAUGAGGGUAUUCGUAUAGUGCAACUUAGAAUCGGAAAAAUAAUCUCUGUGCGCCGAGAAAUUACUAAUACUUUGAGAUUUGAUCACUUCCUUCAAUUUUAUCAUAUCUGUAUACUUUUCAUGAAAGAGUGUGAGUCUAUAAGUGGGGAGUUUUUGACUAAGUAUUUGUCGGACGUUCUAAAUGUUCAAAUUGACACAUAUAUGAAAUCCUUACAAAACCUAAAUGUCAGAGUUCUCAAACAGAAGAUCGAACAAGAGCAUUGGGUUCCAUUUAAGGUGGAGCAAGAGUUGCAGAAAGAUGUAAACGAUAUUGUGUCAUGUAUUGACAUAGAUCCAGCCAACUGGGCCCGUUUCGCAGAGCUGGACAAACCGUCGCCGUUGGAUGUAGUUAAAGAAGAAGAUGAAAGUAGUGCUAAUACAGGACACAAGAAAUCGGUAGUCCUGGGAGAUAAAACUUUUGUAGCAAGUGACACGUUAGUUGUUGCAAUCAAAAUGAUUAAAACUUUACUAAUUCUUGCAGCAAACCUUCCUACUCAAUACGCAAGACAAUGUGAAAGGCAAUUAAAAGAUCUCUUCAAGUAUUUCAACACCAAGACUAUGGAAUCAGUAUCCAUGAAAACUGAUAAGAAUUUAAACAUCAUGGCUGAAUCUUUAGACUGUUUGGCAGAGAUCACUCUUUUGGUACAGGGAUACUUCCAACGUACGUUAGGAUCCAAUCCAGAAAAGUACGAGGUAAUUUGGAAACAAUUCCAACAAUCAAGCGAGAAGCUUUUCCAAGCUAAUAACAUCCCACCACCGGUUUGA